AUGCCAAACAUUUUUAAUGAUAUUCAUCAGCAAACAGAAACAGGGGGAAAUCAGUCAAGCACUACAGCAUUCAUCCUUCUAGGAUUCGGGAAUCUUCUUAAACUGCGAAUUCUCCUCUUUAUAUUAUUUUUAGUCAUCUACAUUUUGGCUCUUAUGGGGAACCUCUUAAUUAUUUUCCUAGUUACAGUAGACCAGCACCUUCACACUCCCAUGUAUUUCUUCCUGAUGAACUUGUCUAGCUUGGAGACUUGUUACAUUUCAACCAUUCUGCCUAGGAUGCUGAGCAGUUUCCUAACUGGUGACAGAUCCAUAUCUGUUGGGGGCUGUAUCACGCAAUAUUAUUUCUUUGGUUUCUUUGCAGCCACUGAAUGUUACCUUCUGGCCAUGAUGUCUUAUGAUCGUUACCUGGCAAUCUGCAAACCUCUACACUACACCUCUCUUAUGACCGGGAAGCUCUGCUUGCAAUUAGCAUCUACUUCUUGGACAAGCGGACUACUGACCAACACCAUUAUAACCUUUUUUAUGUUACAAUUAACAUUUUGUGGACCCAAUGAAAUUAACCACUUCUUUUGUGACAUAUACCCUGUCUCAAACCUCUCUUGCAGCAAUCCUUACUUUGUGAAACUUGCAACCUUCGUUCUUGGCCUAAUGGGAACUGUCCCCCCUUUUGUGCUAACUUUGGCUUCCUAUGUCUGCAUUAUCCUCACCAUCUUGAAAAUCCAAUCCAAAAGUGCACAACAGAAGGCCUUCUCCACCUGCUCUUCCCACCUCAUUGUUGUGACCCUGUUCUAUGGAUCAAUCUUUCUUGUCUAUAUUGUUCCUGAAACAGUGUCCCUGAAAGACCUACACAAAAUUUUCUCUCUGUUCUACACAGUUCUGACUCCUAUGCUCAACCCCUUGAUAUACAGCUUGAGAAACCGAGAAGUGAAGGAAGCUCUUUGUAGGUCUAUCAGGAAAUUUAGCAACAGAGUUUCUUAA